CUGCUUGAGGGAAAAGGGCUCAAUGCAGGAUUUGCAUGUGCCAUGCUGCUUUGCUUGCCGUGGUGUCAUGGAUCUUUUUCUGUUUCUAUGACUCGCCAGCCCCUCCUCUGGCUCCCAGCAUUUGAAGCUGAGCUCUUUGGCCAAACAGCCCUUGCUGAAAUGUCAAUACACUACCGGGACGCUGGCUCACAGGGUUCACCAUGGUUUCCAGGCUCUGCAUGGAUUUGUUUCUCUGCUUUCUGCUAGCGAUUCCUCUUUCUCUGGAUGCAGUCUUUCUCAAGCAGGAAGAGGCAAACAGCAUUUUGCAGAGGAAAAGACGAGCCAACAGCUUCUUUGAAGAGAUAAAACUGGGGUCCCUGGAGCGAGAAUGCAUGGAGGAAAAGUGUUCUUUUGAGGAAGCAAGAGAGAUUUACAAUGACAAUGAAAGGACAAAAGAGUUCUGGCACAUCUAUUCUGACCCUAACCAGUGUGACUCCAACCCCUGUCAGAACGGUGGGAGCUGUGAUGAUCAGUUUCAGGAUUAUGUGUGCCGCUGCCCCAGUGAAUACGAAGGCAAAAACUGUGAAACAGCCCUGGCCGACAAACUGAAGUGCAUUUAUGACAACGGUGACUGUGAGCAAUACUGCACUGAUGAGGGCUCUGAAACACGAAUUUGCUUCUGUGCGGAUGAUUACGCUUUGGCUAGCGAUGGCGUGUCCUGCGUUCCCCAAGUUAAAUACCCAUGUGGAAAAAUACCAGUGCUGCGAAAAAAAAAUGCAACUGGAAGAGGGAGAAUAGUAGGCGGUUUAAUCUGUCCUCCAGGUGAAUGUCCAUGGCAAGCUCUUAUAAUACAGAAUAAGAUAGAGAAAUGUGGUGGGACCCUGCUUUCCCCAGAGUGGGUGGUCACUGCAGCUCACUGUUUGGAGUUUACUCAGCAGGAGCAGCUUCGGGUGAGAUUGGGUGAACACGCAAUAAAUUAUGAUGAGAAAACUGAGCAAGAAAGUGGAGUUGCCAAGAUGAUCAUUCAUGAAGGAUACACGAACGGGCAAGUCAAUCAUGAUAUUGCCCUCCUGAGGCUCGAAACCCCUGUGAAUCUCACUGACUACGUGGUGCCCAUCUGCUUGCCUGAAAAACGCUUUGCCGUCCAUGAGCUCUCCUCCAUCAAGUUCUCCACAGUGAGUGGAUGGGGACGCCUACUCGAUGGAGGUGCCACCUCUUCUGUUCUGAUGAGAGUUGAUUUGCCACGUGUCAAGACGCAAGAAUGUGAAAAGGAGACUGAUUUAAAUAUUACAGAGAAUAUGUUCUGUGCGGGAGACCUGACUGGAGUUAAAGACUCCUGCAAAGGAGACAGUGGUGGACCUCAUGCUACGAAGUACAAAAACACUUGGUUUCUGACUGGAAUUGUCAGCUGGGGAAGAGGAUGUGCUGUUAAAGGCAGCUAUGGAGUUUACACAAGGGUAUCCAAAUACAUUGACUGGCUGAAGAAGCACAUGGAUUAAUGAUGGUGAACCGGAGCAUUUCCAGAUCAUGUUGCCACCCCUCAACCCCUCUGUGCCUUUUUCAUACUAAAGUGUUCAUUCAUUAUCUUAGAUAUGGG